UUCUGCCGCGCAGUGGAAGCUUUAUUGGUUGCGUUGCAACUUGAAAGCAUUGACCUAGACAUGAAAAUGAAUUUCUCUGUAUUGAGCGUGUUGACAUUGGUCUUAAUCUGUGCGUUUUAUUCUGAAAUGACCGUUGAUGCACGACCUGGACAAAAAAAAGGCCUUUGCCCCCCUCGCCAAGGGUUUGGGCUGUGCGCUGAGUUCUGCAGUGGAGACUAUAACUGCCCUAACGAUCAGAGGUGCUGCUCCAAUGGAUGUGGACAUCAGUGCACUGAUCCUUACAUAGGGAAGCCGGGAGUUUGCCCCCCCAGGCACGGGGGGGUCGGGGUGUGCGCCGAGUACUGCUCUGAGGACACCGACUGCCCCCACCAAGAGAAGUGCUGCUCCAACGGAUGUGGACAUCAGUGCACGGCCCCCCCGUACACAGGUCGGAUACCAACCCCCCCCCCCCCCCACACACACACACACACACACAUAUACACACGCACAGACACUUAUAAACACGCACGCACACACACACACUUAUAAACACGCGCGCACACACACACACACACACACACACACACACACACACACACACACACACACACACACACACACACACACACACACACACA